UACAAUUUUACUGGUACUAAAAAUUGAUGAAUGGCCACAUUUUAGCUAUGUACAAAUAACAAUCAAAAAGAUUGCGGCGAAUCGAUAAGUAGUUUUAGUUAUGGUUUUUUCGUUUUUCCCAUCGAGCAAUUUCAUUCAAUAAUCACAAUUGUUUAAUGUACCGAUUAAAUUUUACAGCCGAUUUUAGAUAAUGACAUUUUUCUAAGCAUUUUUUUUUAUAAAUCGAGACAGGACCGUCUCGAUAACGUGUUUCCUGCUUGAUGUGAAUGAAUCAGCUUAAGAUCUUAAUGGACGGCAUAAAUUCGUGACGCGUGGAAGUAGACAGAAAAAUCCGGUCUCGUGGUCGACGAAAAGGCGGCCAUGUUGGACCGCACCGUCAUCGAUCGGGGUUAAGACUGUUAAGAGAACGAAGGAGAAGCCACGCGCUGCCAUCUGGCUCUGAACGAUGCGUUUUAUUGAAAUAUCGAUCCAUCAUGAGAAUGAAGAGUAUCUACAUGCGAUCGGCCUCGGCGUGGCCGACGUAAGUUAUGUAAUGACACAAGCUGAUGGUACUUUAGUUCUUUAAAGUGACCGCGAAUGAGCUUGCGCGUUCCUGUCAAGAACAAAAACGAAAUACAAGGUCAAUUCUCCCCGAAGGAGGAGGUCAACGGGACGCAUUUCUUGCGUAAUCCUGGCUUACAGCCAUCGCAUUGCGGAGGACCGCGCCAGGGUUCAAUGGGUCUCGUUAGCAGUCCUUCGGAUAUCUAACAAUGAUCGGAUGCGUAUCUUGCACUUUCAGCUUAUUGUUCUGCAUCAAAUAAUUCAUCAAAUCAAAUUAUUUUUAUCAAUAUUGUGAGAUAAACCCUACAUUCUGGAUGAAAAAGAACAUGGAAUGAGAAAGUAUAUAUAAUGUAAUUAUACGGUGGUGAUAUUCAACAUAUAAGUGUUGCCUGAGGAGAAGGCAAAAAUCAGCGACAUGACUGAAGGUGCAGAGACACAACCGAAUGCGGGAAAUGAAUCCCAGACAGAAGCCUUAGAACUAAGAGCAACACAUAGCGAAGGAUUACAUGAGGGAGCAGUGGAAUCAACAUCGCAAACCACAUUUGAACCUAUGCAAGAGCUGCUUACAGUUCAUGGAACUACGCAAGGAGAAAGCAGCGACGCUGUCAGCAUUUAUACUGCGAGUACCUCGGUAUCUGGUAAUGAAUCAAGUUCGAGUAGAGUUAGUGCAAUAACUGUCAUAUUACCUUGGGGUGCUCAGAAGGAAACAGUGAAGCCGCAGCAAAUAGGAGACAUGGAUUUAAGACCUGGAGAAUAUGUGAUGCGUAUCCUGUUUGCAGAAUUUACUUCACAGGCGGAGAAGAAGAUGGAAGCUGUUAUGACAGAACAUGAAAAACAAUUAUCAAAAGUGUUGCAAAGGGGAGAAGAUGCACAAUUUGAUCAACUUUUAUCGGCUUUCGGUUCUGUUGCCGAGCACUGUUUACCAUCAAUAUUGAAAGCACUUUUCAAUUGGUACGAACGUCAACUUGUAGAUCAAGGUGGUGAUCAUAAAAAACCUGCUGCUGGAAAGGAAGACCAAAAAGGAAAAAGCAUUAUGUAUACAAUAGUAUCGGGAAGUGUAGAAACAGUUGAAAGAAGCGAAGCGGAUCUCUUACAAGAGCGUAGAGAUCUUGCUGUUGAAUUUAUAUUUUGUUUAAUGCUGAUUGAAGUUUUACGCCAAUUACCAUUUCAUCCUGGGCAUGAAGAUUUAGUAACUUAUAUCGAAAAUAUUGCUUUUAAACAUUUCAAGUACAGAGAAGGCAUACAAAACGAACCAAAUGCAGCUAAUAUACAUAUUAUUGCUGAUCUUUAUGCUGAAGUAAUUGGAGUUUUGGCGCAAUCCAGAUUUAUGUCAGUGAGAAAACGUUUUAUGGUUGAACUGAAAGAAUUACGAGCUAAAGAGCCAGGUCCUCAUACUACACAGAGUAUUAUUUCUCUAUUGAUGGGGAUGAAAUUUUUCCGAGUCAAAAUGGUACCGAUAGAAGAAUUUGAAGCAUCAUUUCAAUUUAUGCAAGAAUGUGCUCAAUACUUUUUAGAAGUAAAAGACAAAGAUGUUAAACAUGCUUUAGCUGGUCUUUUCGUUGAAAUACUCGUUCCAGUCGCUGCUGCUGUGAAAAAUGAAGUGAAUGUACCAUGUCUGAAAAACUUCGUGGAAAUGUUGUAUUCAACAACAUUAGACAUGUGUACAAAGUCCAAGCACAGAUUAGCACUUUUUCCAUUAGUAACUUGCUUGCUCUGUGUUAGCCAAAAAACGUUCUUUCUACAAAAUUGGCACUACUUUUUAGCUAUGUGUUUGUCUCACUUGAAGAAUCGUGAUCCAAAGAUGUGUCGCGUUGCAUUAGAGGCAUUAUAUCGUCUACUCUGGGUUUAUAUGAUACGAAUAAAAUGUGAAAGCAAUUCGGCUACGCAAAGCAGACUGCAGAGCAUAGUGAAUUCUCUGUUUCCUAAAGGAUCAAAAGCGGUAGUACCGCGAGAUACUCCGCUGAAUAUUUUUGUGAAGAUUAUUCAGUUUAUUGCGCAAGAGAGACUGGACUUUGCGAUGCGUGAAAUAGUGUUUGACUUGCUGUCUGUCGGGCGACCAAUAAAAAUAAUUUUAACUCCCGAACGUAUGAGCAUCGGACUUCGAGCAUUCCUCGUCGUAGCCGAUAGUUUGCAGCAGAAGGAGGGAGAACCGCCAAUGCCGCGUACUAUGGGUGUACUACCAAGUGGAAACACCAUGCGUGUUAAGAAGACAUUCUUAAAUAAAAUGCUGACAGAAGAUACUGCACGAAGCAUAGGAAUGUCUUCGUAUUUUCCACAUGUACGCCGAGUUUUUGUUGAUAUCUUGCGUGCGUUAGAUGUUCACUAUGGCAGGCCUCUCAUGAUGACCAGCACUCAAAAUAUGAAUAAGGAACCGGACGAGAUGAUCACCGGGGAGCGCAAGCCGCGAAUAGACCUCUUUCGAACCUGCGUUGCCGCUGUUCCACGACUGAUUCCUGAUGGAAUGACUGGUGCAGAAUUAGUUGAUUUACUGUCUCGUUUGACGGUACACAUGGACGAAGAAUUACGUGCGUUGGCAUAUCAAAGUUUGCAAACCUUAGUAUUAGAUUUUCCUGAUUGGCGACAGGAUGUCGUGCUCGGAUUUACGCAAUUCCUAGCUAGGGAUGUGCAAGAUACAUUCCCACAACUUGUCGACAAUGGCUCAAGGAUGUUGUUGCAACUGCUGACCAGUUGGAAGAACGCUCUGACAAGUCCUAGUAUAAGGUCUAAGGAACAAUCGGUAGAUAAUACACGGGUGAAUAUACGAGUAGAUGUUGGCAUCAAGAAAUGUGAAUCAGGCCAGAAAAUAGAACCUGUGUCAAAUAUAUUCUAUCUAGUAGAAGGAUUUGCAUUGGUUAUGCUCUGCAAUUGUCGUCUUUAUCCUCGAAGAUUGGCUGUUCAUAUUCUUCGCGAAGUUAAGCUUUUAAUGAAGACUUUAGGAGGACCUGAAGAUGAUCAAUCUGUUAUUGAUGUGAUUGAUGCUUGCUGUCCUGCUGUCUUGGAAAAAUGUUAUCCUAUGUUACCACCAGCUGAAAAAGCAGCCGCCGCAUCUACAUCUAAUGUGGAUUUACAAUGGAUAGCAGAUAGAAGUAGUUGCGUUUGGACAGCUGGAUUUCAUGAUGAAAACAGUACCAAAAGUUCUUCUUCACUUAAUUUAAAUGGGGCUGAUCCAUGGGCCAGUUGUCUAUUUGCCUUUCUAGAAAAGGAUAGAGUACUCACAUUAUGUCCAAAUGCUGUUACUCAUUCUUGGCCUAUUGUCUUUACUCGCAUAAACUCUCUAUUUUCAGUAGUGGAUCCCACUCCGGUAAAUGACAACAGAGCUUCAUUACUGAGAAGUUCAACGACAGUGAGAAAACCGUUAAACGAGAGAGACGUUUAUAUGCAUAUUUGGAAAAAUUAUUUGACUUUUGGAUAUAGAGUCGUGCCACCUGUGCCAAAUCCGGUUGUUCGGUGUGCCAGUCCAGAUCUCAGUCUCAGUGGUCAGCAUACGGUGGAGUUUGGUGUGUUGUGCAUGAGUAAGGAGUUGAGUCAGAGCCUGGAGAAUCUCGGCGGGGCGCAGACCCUGCCGGGUCGGUUUUCUGUACCGUCCAUUUCCGGCAUCUACACCCGUCACAAGCGUACCAGUUCUUCGCCAGACAGUUUAUCCGCAGAACGUGGUGAUAACAAAUCACCUGGCACAAACGCGAGCCCGGCAGCCUUAUAUAAGCUGACCGUACCUUUGCUGAGAUGCGAGGCUGUCGACGUCAGAGAUGCUGCGGUGCAGGCAAUUGGAAAAGUGAAUGCUGAUGCUUUAAAAGACUUGAUGGAAGAAUUGGUUCCUUACAUCCGGGAAGCGGUGGAUCGGAAACAGGAAAAUAUGAGACGGCGAAGAAGACGCGAUGCUUUGAGAUUGCAGCUAGUAAGAGUACUGGAAUUAAUUGCCGAAUAUGGAACAUUCGGCAUCUGUACAGCGGUUUUAGAUCGUGAAACACAAUCCUUACAUCCUACAUUUGUCGAGUAUAUAGAUGGCGCACGCAUUUAUUUAGAGAACGAGACCGAUAAGGAAGCACCAGCUGUACGAGACAUUAAAUUGCACUUCUGUAACUUCAUCAGGAAAAUGAUUAAAAGUUUUUCACUGGAGAUAUGUUAUACCUUGUUGAAGAGGGACUUAAGAAGAAAUCUAUUCAUGCUCUUUGCUAGUUGGGCCGGUGUUUAUGGCAAACCGCUUACAAGCACGUCGUCUAUGCAAGAGGAGGAAAAAUCUUGCACGGAGUUGCAACUCUCAGCCUUGCAAGCUAUGAGUGGAUUACUCUGUUGCGGAUCAUGUUUUAAUCCACAGUCGCUUUCGGAAGAGGGUGCCAUUUUAUAUCAAUGGUUAGACUCAUUAUUGGCCAGUAAAGACGAAAAGAUUUAUGCACUCGCACGUGAAACCGUUGUAUUAUUGCUCGAAGGAAAUCCCGAUAUUGGUACACUAUUGGAUUGGGUGGUGGAUCGUUGCUAUACUGGCGCUCCACAAGUAGCUGAUGGCUGCUUUCUCGCUUUGGCAACAAUUUUCAGUGCCAGAGAAUAUCCUUGCGAUCACUACACCAGCAUCAUCAACGUCACGUUAAUGAAUACAGGAUGUCCUCGCGCUCCGGUCCACGAUGCUGCGCUUCAACUUCUUCAAUUGUUGGAUCAACGUUUUUUCGGAAACGUAGGUCCGCUUUCAGCUACAGAACUUGAUACUGGACACAAUGAUCCUCUUGCCAGUUCCACUGCAACUGUGACUUCUGGGCCAGGUCAACAAAGUAAUCCUGCAGGUGAAAUUUCUUCCGGUGGCACAAUUAGAGGUGGUACAUUAGAUGUCCUCUUAUCAACCACUUAUUGCCGCAGUCAAAUGUACCUUUCACGACAAUUGGCUCAGUUACAUCCGGAGCUAACAAUGCCAAUGUUCAGUGAAAUUACACAUCGGUUUCAAACAGCCCGUAGAGAAGUUCGGCAAUUAUUGCUGCAGUAUUUGCUACCCUGGUUACAUAAUAUGGAACUUGUUGAUCCUAAUGUACCACCACCAUCUAAUCCAUUGAGUUAUUACCAGUAUUACACGAGCGAUGUAACACGCGGAGGAACACGUAGAGAAGGCUGGGGCAGCGCAGAAGCGACGGAAAUGGUGCUCAACAAUCUCUUUUACAUUACAGCAAAGUUCUCGGAUGAGCAUCCUAAAGAGACAGAGGAACUUUGGGCAACUUUAUGUGGUUGCUGGCCGAACAAUCUCAAAGUUAUAAUACGUUAUUUGAUUAUCAUCUCGGGGAUGGCGCCUCAAGAGCUGUUACCAUAUGCGAAACGUGUUGUAUUGUAUCUGGCGCGGGCUCGUCCGGAUCGUCUUGUCGAUGAAAUGAUGACGGAAUUAGAAAUGGUCGAGACUCUAAAUUGUUUAAUUGAACGGACAGAAACGCCACCUUUUUAUCGACUCACCAGCAUGCGGAAAGCUUCGUCGCAUAGCGAUGCUCCAGCGGCCGAUCCCGCCAAUCCUCCCCGUGAUCUCGGCAUCGAGAAAGGCACUAUUCAUACGAAAAGACAUUCCGGAGAAGAUCCCGUCAAAACUGGUUCCAAAUCCGAUACCGCACUACGAGCACUUGCGGGGUUUCAAACUCCAAGGGUGGAAAAGACGAGGACUGCAAGCGGUCCGUCAGUUCUUCCAGACGAUCUAUCAACUCCGACCACGGAAGCAGAGUUAAUUACCGACGAAUCGUGUUAUGUCGCUCGUAACGGGCCUGCUGGAAUAAAUGGAAAAAUGCCGUGUGUCGACGAGAAGUUCGAUAUUCCUCAACCACAUCCUUUACCGAUGCCAGAAUACGGCGGAUAUUUUGCUCCUUUAACUGAAUAUUUGCCUGACAGUUCUCAACCAAUAAGCGGAUUUCAUAGGUGCAAUAUCGCCGUGAUGUUGCUCACUGACAUAGUCAUCGACGGAAUUCAGCUGGAUUGGGCUAUACACGUCCCUUUGAUGUUGCACAUAGUCUUUCUCGGUUUGGAUCACUCAAGGCCGUUGGUGCGGGAUCACUGUCGUUGCCUGCUAUUGAAUUUACUGGUCGUGCUUGGUGAUCAUCGCGAUCACCUUGGUGUGGCACGCGUACUUCUCGCUUCCAAGACGGAACAAUUGGGAUUGGGAUUAUCGACACCGGCGUUGCCAGUGCUGGAACACAACUUCACUGAAAUGGAUCCGGAAUUCGACAGUUACUUGUAUGGUCCUCCACCAGUUCCGCCACCCACAACUCCACCAAUAUCAUCUUCGCCGCCUCCACCCUCUUCUCCGCCACCUCCGCCACCUCCUCCUCCGCCGCCUCCUCCACCACCAAUACCUCUCGAUUCUUCGGCAUCUUUGCCAAUACCUCCGCCACCUCCACCUCCUCCACCUCCACCACCAUUACCUUCUUCAAUUGCGGACGGUACAUCUACUUAUUCGUCUUUAUCAAAUUCGACAUCUACCCCGCCAAUGUCGAUGAAUCACGGGAAUCAUUCGGCAGCAGAUGAUAAUAAGGAUUAUGGGAAUUCUCACGCGUACGAAUCAGCAGUAUGCAAUAGCUGGCCAACCUCGAGCGGAAUGACAACGAAGACAGUACCGCCCGUCAUUGUAACUCCGGAAGAUGCGAACAAUUGGACCGGCCCUCAACCAGGUCCUAAUAUGCCGAUACAGGAUGUUAUUAAGUCGUUGAUUAAUUUUCUAGCAUCUAGAACAAAUCAACCGCUAUGGAAUUAUGAGGACAUGACUGCCAAAGUAUGGUGGGUUCGUAGUGCCGACCAACUCACAGUAUUAUUACGACACGUGUUACGCGUCUUUAGAGAUUCAUUGCCUCAUGCAUUAGUCAGCCAAAGAUGGGCACAAACGGCGCUGCAAUUGGGUCUUUCUUGCUCAUCCAGACACUAUGCAGGAAGAUCUUUGCAAGUUUUUCGUGCAUUGCGUGUUCCUAUAACAUCUAGGAUGUUGUCCGACAUCUUAUCCAGGCUGGUGGAAACAGUUGCUGAGCAAGGCGAGGAUAUGCAGGGAUAUGUAACAGAAUUGUUGCUAACACUAGAAGCAGCUGUCGAUUCGCUUGAAUCAGACUUUAGGCCUCUCGAUUUUAUGAAAGAGAUCUUUAAAUCGACGCCUAAUCUAAACAAUAAAGAUCCUGUAUCGGGAAAUGUAAUCGGAGGAAAACGCAGUCCAGGGGGAGGGAACAUUUAUCCAAUUGGACCACACAUGUUUUCUCACUUAAAUCAAGGCGGACAUACAAGGAGCACUAGUUACUCGGUCAGUUAUUGUAUGAAAAGGUCUAGCGGUGGCAAUUCUACGACUAACGAUAUGAAAGAAGUUGACAACAGAGUCGGCGGUAAUAAAUAUCCCAAUUCGAAUUUAUCAAGAUCAAGAUCAGCACAGUCCUUGAAAUUAUUGGGCGACUCCGCGACGCAAGAUGACAAGAUGACGAUAUUAGCACAAUUAUUCUGGUUAGCGGUGUCUCUGCUUGAAUCGGAUUACGAACACGAGUUCCUUUUAGCGCUGCGACUUCUUAGUCGCGUAUUGCAUAGACUACCGCUUGAUCGACCAGACGCCAGAGACAAAGUUGAAAAAUUGCAACAGCAAUUACGAUGGACUUCGUUUCCUGGUGUACAUGCGCUCUUAUUGAAAGGAUGCACUAGUCCGAACACAUAUGAACCAGUCGUUACAUUGCUCUCUCAAUUUACAUCUUUGUUGGAUCUACCAGUAGUUGAUCCCACGCAAAGCCUUGCGUUCCCGAUGAAUGUAGUAUCGUUGCUGCCGUACAUGCUGUUGAAUUAUGAAGAUGCUAACGAACUUUGUAUCAGAAGUGCCGAAAAUAUUGCACAAGUAAGCGCAGAAAAGGGGAAGAAAUUGGAGAAUCUUGGUACAGUCAUGACAUUAUAUAGUCGACGUACUUUCAGCAAGGAAAGUUUUCAAUGGACUAAAUGCGUGGUGAAAUAUCUUUAUGAUUCAUAUGCUCAUCUUAGUUUCAAUAUGCUUGCUUUUCUUGUGGAAGUUCUAGAAAAGGGUCCGAGCAAUGUGGCAUUAUCAGUACUCAGUAUUAUACAUUGCAUGUUACAUUAUGUGGAUCUAGCAUCUCCGGCUGCACAACCCAUCAAUACCGAACUUUUGAGAGUGAUCUCUAAAUAUGUUGAGGGUACUCACUGGAAAGAAGCACUUAAAAUCUUGAAGCUUGUAGUGACAAGAUCGUCGACGCUAGUAGCGCCACCCACGUCAAUGCACGGUUCAUCCUGGGAUUCUUCACUGGCAUCGCCACAUCCUAGUUUCACUGAUACCGAAAUAUUUACGAAAAAGGAGCUACCGGGAAGGACAAUGGACUUUACAUUCGACUUAUCUCAAACACCAGUUAUCGGUCGCCGUUGGUUGAUUCGUCAAGGAGCUGAAGAAAAAUCAAUUAGUUCACCACGUUGCUCCUUAUCCUUAUCGCCGGCUGACAAUAGCACCAUCGCAGGAUGGAAGAGACCUUGGAUGUCUCAGGGUCGUGUUAGGGAGUGUUUAGUAAACCUGUUGACAACAUGUGGCCAGAGAGUUGGAUUGCCAAAAAGUCCAUCGGUUAUAUUCAGUCAAAGUUCGGAUUUGAUGGAAAGACAAUCAUCUAUGGCCUCUUCAACGGAAGAGGUUUCCGGUGCAAAUAAUGAUUUGAGCGGAGGAUCUAGACGGGAUGACGAGCAGUUUGGUGUAUUUAAGGACUUUGAUUUCCUUGAAUAUGAAAGUGAAAGCGUUGAAGGUGAGAGUACGGAUAAUUUCAACUGGGGAGUUCGACGUCGUCCUCUUAGUGAGGGAGAAGAACGAGAACCCAGUUUACGACAGUUCGAGGAAAGUUUAAGUGAAAAAACACCAUCAUCCAGCAAACAUACAACACGGCGAGGUGUAGCUGAAGAGUCAUCAGACGAUGAAGCCGGAUCGGAAUCACCCUUGGAUGAAGUACCAGGAGGUAUAUCCGGAACGGGCCAAGAAGCAAACAGCAUUCCGGGAAUGUUCCCGCCAUCCUCUCUCUCAUUGAUACCUAGUCGUACGCGUCAUGAUUCAUCCACAAGGUCUGACACAUCUGGCUCGAGCGCAGGAGAUCUUGGCGAUGUGACACCUUGCAACGCGUCGCCCAAUCUGUCCGCAUUGAUGCCAUUUCGACAGGUCGUACGAGAUGACGCAGAAGAGAUCUGGAGGCAGCAAAUUCAAAGUCUUAUCACUCAAGCUCCGUACAAUACUUUAAGCUUUUUUCAAUUGCUGAACAAGAUCUUGAGAGAUGUGAGCAGUAAAUCCGUCGGUCUAACGCGCGAGGCGAGCGCUUUACUCUGUAACGGCAGUCCAGCUUCGUCUCAUUUAGGUUGUCAUUUAUCUAGUCAUGCCGAGCUACUGAGCUCAAAAGCUGAACCGCCUCUAGUAUGGUUCUCGGUCGCUAUAUUUGCGAAUCAGCGAUUAAACGAAACAUUACGCUUUGGAAUGCUUGAGGUUCAAGAACAUUUGGAAACAUUUCUCGAUAGAAAGGAUCAUGCCACAGAAUGUUUGGAGGCAGCUAAAGCAACCGCUAAGCUACAGGCGUUAGGGGAUAGUCACACCAUAGAAGCGGGCGUUGAAGAGAUGCUAUUGGAUCUUGGCAGAGCGCUCUAUAAGCUGCAUUUUCAACUUCUGUUGUUAAUUGAAGCAUCAAAUAAAAUGCUAGGAGCGUUAAUGAUCGCCGCUAGAAACGUACAGAUUCCUCUGCAGGACUUAUCCGUUGAGAUCGCCAAUAUGAAGAUAACUUUAAGUAGAGCGCUCGAAGAGAGCACUGAGAGUGAACGAGGAACACCCACUCCGACACCCAGUCCUAGUCCAUUGCCAGGUACCGGAGCUGUGGAAGAAGUCGCCAGAAUCGCCGAACUUUUGAGAAAUGCACGGUGGUGCCCGGCACUCGAAGCUGUCAGACUUCAUAGGGCACAAUGGCCCGGUGAUCCCUUUCAUGAUGAUGACGAUGUAACAACUGCCGUUAAUAUGUACUGCAAAUAUAUAGGUCAGGAUAGGUCGGAUAUAUUCAUAGUGACAAGGAAAGACGACGAGAUGUCAGAAAUAUUUGGCAGACUGAUGGAAAGCCUGUUUGAAGUUCUAGCGGCUGUGACGGGAUUGGAAGCGUCUACGAAAGCUGUGCGCAAUCAACAUGACUCUAAUCACUCUAAAACCGACUGUUAAUAUGAGCUUUAAUGAUAUAGUAUUACGAACUGUUCGUUUAGAUUAAAGUCGGCGUAUAUAUAUAAACAUAUUUAAUUAUCGUACAUAUGUGUCUAAGUAUCUUGUAUACGAUUGUAGGUAAAUGUAUAUCAUAAUAUGUAUAUCAUGAUAAACUUUCUUAUAAUUAUAGCGAAUGCAUAAAAUCCACGUAGAAACGAGCUUUUCUUUUUUUUACGAAGAACGUGAAAAAUUGUUAUCAAUAUAUAUAAUAAAUUCAGCAAAAUAAAUAAUUGAAAUCUCGAAAAGAUUAUAUAUACAUUGUGUAUGCGUGUGCGUGUGCGCGUGUGUAUGUAUAUAUAUAUAUAUAUAUAUAUAUAUAUAUAUAUAUAUACAUUAUUUAUUUAUUUAUUAUCUUACAAAAUAUUUAGUCAAAAUAAUUAUGCAAAAGAAGCGAUCGGUAUAUAAUAAAUGGUUUGUGAAAGAACCACAGUUUGAAUCUUGUCAAGAUGUGACACAUUUCGUGAGAAGAUUUAUUGACUCCGCGAUUACUGCUGCAAUAAAGAUUGUUGCUGUCAUGGUUUGUUAACCUUUAUGUGUGCGUCAAUUAUAGCUUAUAUAAACAAUUUUAUAUAUAA